AUUUCUUUUGCUAUAAUUCUAUAUAACUGUAAGAGACAAGCAAUGAUCUUUCCGAAGGAAGACAGUAGAGAGGAUUUUGAUGUGGAGGCAUUUAUGAGGAAUUAUAGUUCAUUUGCACCAAAGCAAUACAGUUAUUCACAGGUCAAGAAAAUGACAAACUCAUUUGCAGAAAUAACAGGGAAAGGAGGAUAUGAUUAUGUAUACAAAGGGACACUACCUGAUGGUCGCCUUGUUGCACUGAAACUUCUAAAAGAUUCUAAAAGCAAUGGAGAAGACUUUAUAAAUGAAGUUACAAGCAUUGGUAGGACUUCUCAUAUUAACAUAGUCACUCUUCUUGGAUUUUAUUACGAGGAAAAGAGAGCCUUAAUUUAUGAUUUUAUGCCUAAUGGUUCACUUGAUAAAUUCAUAUUUAAUCAAGAAGAUGGAAGUACAACCAGGUGCCUAGAAUGGAAAACAUUGUAUGAAAUUGUUCUUGGCAUUGCACGAGGACUAGAAUACUUGCAUCGUGGUUGUAACACAAGGAUUUUUCAUUUCGACAUAAAGCCUCAUAACAUUCUUUUGGAUAAAUAUUUUUGUCCAAAAAUAUCAGAUUUUGGUCUAGCCAAAUUAUGGUUAAACAAGGAGAGUAUUGUGUCAAUGAUGGGUGCCAGAGGAACUGCAGGUUAUAUAGCACCGGAGGUAUUCAGUCGGAAUUUUGGUGGAGUGUCUCAUAAAUCAGAUGUUUAUAGUUUUGGAAUGUUGUUUCUUGAAAUGGUUGGAGGAAGAAGCAAUAUUGAUCCAAGAGUUUCUCAUACUAGUGAAAUUUACUUUCCUUAUUGGAUUUUUGAAGAUGUGGAUUUGGGUAAAGAUUUAAGAGCCUUGGGAGUCACAUCAGAGGAAGAAAAAGAAAUAGCAAGGAAGAUGCUGUUAGUGAGCUUUUGGUGCAUUCAGACAAAUCCAUCAGAUCGACCACCAAUGAGUAAGGUUGUAGAUAUGCUGGAAGGGGACCAUCAACAUGUCCAGAUUCCCCCAAAGCCAUUCUUGUUUUCUCCAGCAAGAUCCCCUCAACAAUCCACAUAAUCAUCAUGAUAAUUUAUCAGUUACUUUCUAUUCCUAUGUCUUCCCCAUUUUCUUUCUUUUGUAAUAGAUUUAUCAUGCUUUAGGUUCAGCCUUAUGUUUGGUUUCUUU